AUGAAGAACGGAUCAAGCUUUCUAUCAGAUCUCAAAAAAUGUGCAUAUCAGUAUGUUGAGGAAGUACAAUUUGAGUCUGCAUGGGAAGAAUUACGGACUAAGUAUAGGGUUGAAAAUAAUUCAUGGUUAAAUCGUAUGUAUGGACUUAAAGAGAAGUGGGCUAGAUCUUAUAUGAAUAAUACAUUUACAGGAGGUAUGCAGAGUACACAACUGAGUGAAAGUUUAUAUGCUGACUUGAAGGACUAUACAAAAUCUACUUUAGAUAUUGUACAGAUUUUUAAGUAUUUUAAAAGGGUAGUCAAUGAUAAGCGUGCUAAUGAAUUGAAGGCUGACUUUGAUGCAAUAAAUAAGCUCCCAAAGAAUAUGUUUCUCCGUACAAAAAUUAUUAAACAUGCAAAAGAAGUCUUGCAUGAGUAUGGUGUUGGUAUAGAUGAGCAGGAGAUUGAAUUUAAAGUUGAGUGUAAUCCAUCUGACUUUGUGGUUCAGUGUAGCUGUAGAAAGUUUGAGACAUUUGGCAUUCUAUGUUGUCAUGCUUUGAAAGUUUUACAAUUAUUAGAUAUCAAGUCAAUUCCUAAAGCAUAUGUUUUGAGUAAAUGGACAUGUGUAGCGAAAAACAUGGUGAUUGAAGAUAGCAAGGAAAAAGAGGUUGUGGAACAUGUUAAUUUGGUUUCUACACAGUGUUAUACAUUGCUAUGCCAUAAACUGGUAAAGCUUGCAUCAGAAGCAUCCAAUUCAGUAGAUGGAUAUGACUUGGUGAGCAAUGCUGCUACUGACUUGUUUAAAUAA